UUGUCAGAAAAUAAACUUGGAGUAGAUGGAGCAGAAUCACUCAAAGACAUCCUACUACAUAACUCAAAUAUCACCAGAUUAACUGCAAAUGGUAAUGUUUAUGACUUUAUUUGAAUAAGUAUGGUACUCUAAAAAUAGACAGAUACAAGAUACUCUUAAAAUUACCAGUAGCCAAAAGAAGCUCUAGCCAGUUACUGAUAGCUUGCCAGUCAGGGACACUAAAAGUACUUGAAUUUCAGGUCAUUUCAGAUAGUCAUUGAGGUGGCUGCAAUUGAUUAAAAAAUAUACAAUCAUGUAUGUUACAGCUCAAAAUUAUGUUCAGGUCAGAAUUUUUUAACGAGGUUGAUCCUCUAUUUCCUUUGUCUUCUAGCCCUAAUUCAUGAAUAAUUAGGGCUAGGAUACAAAGGAAAUUGAGAACCAACCUAGGUUAAAAAAUUUUGACCUGUAAAAUGUAUAUGUGUAUAAGGGUGUAAAGAGUCAAUGUAGAUGGUUUUGAUUAAAAAUAAAAUGUCUCUGUUUUACACUAUUGUCUUCAACAGGGAAUGAGUUUGAUGAUAAAGCAGUUAAAAUACUAGCUGAAGCAAUACAAGUAAGUUUCCUCUCUGUUUCACUCAAGAAGCUGUUGCACUAUAUAACCACCAUCAUCUCAAGCAAAGUCCCCUCACGUGUACACAUAUUAUUAAGUAUAUUUUUGUGAUAUGAUGUUUAUAAAAAGCGUUUCUGACACUUCUUUAUUAUUUUAUUCUACAAUUUAUUAGAAACCGACAAUGUAUAUGAGUUUCAUGUACUAAACACAUCUUAAUGGUACAUACAUCCCUCUGAGACAGGUACUUACUUUGUAGCCUCAGUCAAAGUGGUGUCUAUCAGUCUGUCAAACUAAUAAAACCUUGAACAUCUACAGUUGUAGGAAUGUUUAUUGUGUUAAGACCAUUUGCAGCAAAGAACAGGACAUGCAAGCAAGCUACAAAACCACAAACUAAUUAUUGUUGCUGCUUGCUCUUUGGUUUUCCCAUGCCUGAUUGGCUCUUCCCUUGCAACACAAUAACAUUCCAGCAAUAUUUCUGGUGUUCACGGUUUUGGGAGUUCCAUAGUAAGAGUGUGUUGACUUUCUGGUAGUAAUUUUAUCUUUUGUUUGUUUUCUUGUUUGUAGCAUAAUAACAGAGUAAAAUAUUUGAGUCUCAGUCACAAUCAGCUAGGAGAAAAAGGAGGGCAAUACUUGGCACCUGCGAUAUGUAAGUAUACUGCAUACAAAAAUGGUGUCAGAAAAACUAUGAUUAGGAGAUCUAGUGUCCAAUUCACUGUUCCGAGACUUUUUACUUGAUUUCUUCUUUUAUUUACAUUAUCAAAGCCAUCAGACCAGAUGUACAUGUAGAAUGCAAAACUCUUAAGCCACAAAGGCGAUUUCUUUUGUUCUUACUACACCCAUUUUACUUCAGUUAAACUGCACAGAAAGUAAGAUGCAGUCAAUGGUAUGCUGCCUUGUAUUAGACUGGCUGAUAUGAAGGCUUUAAAAAUUGGGGGAUGACAGGGGUGGGAGCCCAGAAGAAUAAGGUGUGGGAGGAGUAGGGGAGGCAGAAGAGGUAAGAGCAUAGGAGUUCUGAAAGGGUGAGAAGUGGGAGAAAUGGGGGGAAGUUGUGCAAUGGUUCUUGACAUUUUGCAAUCGAAAAAGGACUAAAGGAAGGAAGCCAAGAAAAAGGGGGCAGGAGCUGGGAAUGUCUGUCCCCCUCCCAGUUACGAAAAGCCUUGUGAUGCAUAAUUGGGACAUUUUGUUGUUUGGUUCUAUAAGACUAGUAUAUUGUAUGUCACAUUGUAUUGAUCUUUACUUGAUUUUUUUUAUUAGCUGCUAAUGAUACAAUAGACCACUUGGAUUUAAGCUGGAAUCACUUGAGGAAUAAGGGAGCAUGUGCAGUAGCAUUAUCUUUAAAGGUU